UCCGCCGGGGCUUCAUUUGCCACAGCACGCAGGUGCGCGCGCUCCACAUCGGCGCACUGCUGUGCGAGCGAGCCCGGCGCUUGCGCAGGAGAGGGUAGGCGGUCGCUGGCGUAUCCUUCGGUCAGGCUCAGUUCACAGCGGCUCCUCCCUCUCCCGGGUGCCAGCCCUCCCUCCCCCCUUCCUCUCCCCGGCAGCGCGGCUGCUACACCGGGUAGGUUUCCAGUCACUAUGGCGGCGGCUGCUGUUGGGAAGGUCAGAAGAAAGUUUUCGUUGUCGGCGGCCGCCUGAGAACGACACUGAGCGGGAGGCAUCCGGGCCCGGCUUCCAGGCCUCCCCCGCAGCCGGAGCAGGGCCAGCCCCGCUGGGCCAGCGGAGACCCCGCUCCUCAGGAGAGAGUGACAAACGGCAUCCCGAUGCGCAGCCACCUGCGGAGACCCUGAGCGGAACAGAUCCCUCCCCCUUUGGCCGGGCGGCGGGAGACCUCCGGGAGAUUCCUCCCUGGGACUUAUUGUAGCAAGCCCCCGUGAGAGACACCCCUCCGCCCUCCUAAGGCGGCCCGCCUCACUGAGACAUCCACCUCUGUCCCCCGUCUGAGGGGCGAUCCCUUCUUCUGUCAGCCCAACCUUCGUGAGCGCCUGCAAAUCCCCUGGCUGCCACUCCCCUCCCAGUUGAGGAGGCCCUCACCCCUUCAGUUCGUCCUGGAAGACCCUUCCUCUUAGUUUCUCCGGGGGUGGAGAAGAGUUUGAAGCCCCUCUCCACUCUUUAUCAAAUUCCAUACCUGAGUGGCCAAUUGCAACUCUAGCCUCAGGUCAGCUUUUUCUGGUGUAGGGGAAGAGAACAGUGCAGCUUUGCUACCUCUAGUCGAGGACCACCCACGCUACUUUAUCUUAAUGUCUGAAGAAGAUGAAAUGUGGACUGCCAUGUGGAUCAACUAAACUGACUGUCUUUUGUGGAGCGAAUGCUUCAUACGCAUUCUCCAUCUCUUGAUCUGGGCUGUGAGGCUGGCUGGACGCUAAACGUUUUUUAUCCCCUGGCUCCCGACCCCUAAAUCUUUCCUUGCUUUCAUGCUGCAUUGGUCAAAUUUUUGGUAAGUGCUGUUUACAGAAGAAGGAAAAAAAAGAAGGCAGUCUGAAUCCCCAACACAAGUAUUUAUGUGUGACUCAUCUACUUGGAUUUAAAGACAUCUCCACCUUUGGGGAGUCUUGCUUCUCUUCUGUGAAGUCAGAUGUUUGUUCCUGUUCUUCCUGAUGAGCAUGGAUUGAAAGUUGCGCCUUCUAGAUUUUUUCCAGGGUGCUGCUAAUACUGUUAAAGGACAUAAUGGGGCUUUUUCACUGGAUUAUUGCCAGGAUCAGUUUACACACUGCAACAAUGAGUUGUUAGGCAUCUCAUGUACAGGUAACAUUUGUCCUGCUUUAAUGUAAAAUUGUGGGGGAGAUUUGGGAUAAAAAUUUUUGGAAGGCAGUCUGGAUCAGGAAGAGUUUCUCUUCAUCCCUGUUUGGCGUGACAUCCCCAAUCUGUCCUCGAUGCCUUCAGCCUUGGCUAUCUUCACUUGCCGCCCGAACUCUCACCCAUUUCAGGAGCGUCAUGUCUACCUGGAUGAGCCUGUCAAAAUUGGCCGUUCGGUGGCUCGCUGCCGGCCAGCUCAGAAUAAUGCUACUUUUGACUGUAAAGUGUUGUCCAGGAACCAUGCCCUUGUCUGGUUCGACCACAAGACAGGCAAGUUCUAUCUUCAAGACACUAAGAGUAGUAAUGGUACCUUCAUAAACAGUCAGAGAUUGAGUAGAGGAUCUGAGGAAAGCCCACCAUGUGAGAUUCUGUCUGGUGACAUCAUCCAGUUUGGUGUAGAUGUGACAGAGAACACGCGGAAAGUUACCCAUGGAUGUAUAGUCUCCGCAAUAAAACUAUUUCUACCAGAUGGUAUGGAAGCCCGAUUACGGUCAGAUGUCAUCCAUGCUCCAUUACCAAGUCCUGUUGACAAGGUUGCUGCUAACACUCCCAGUAUGUACUCUCAGGAACUGUUUCAGCUUUCUCAGUAUCUACAGGAAGCCUUACAUCGGGAACAAAUGUUGGAACAGAAGUUGGCCACCCUUCAGCGACUGCUUGCUGUCACACAGGAGGCUUCAGAUACUAGUUGGCAGGCUUUAAUAGAUGAAGACAGACUACUAUCAAGGUUAGAAGUCAUGGGAAACCAAUUACAAGCCUGUUCAAAAAAUCAAACAGAAGAUAGUAUACGAAAGGAACUGGUAGCAUUACAGGAAGACAAACACAACUAUGAGACAACAGCCAAAGAGUCCCUGAGGCGGGUCCUUCAGGAGAAAAUUGAGGUGGUCAGAAAACUAUCCGAAGUGGAGCGAAGUUUAAGUAACACUGAAGAUGAAUGUACUCACCUGAAAGAAAUGAAUGAGCGGACUCAGGAAGAAUUAAGAGAAUUAGCAAACAAGUACAAUGGAGCUGUAAAUGAAAUUAAAGACCUCUCUGACAAACUGAAGGUGGCAGAAGGAAGACAAGAGGAAAUCCAACAGAAGGGGCAGGCAGAGAAAAAGGAAUUGCAACAUAAAAUAAAUGAAAUGGAAGAGCGAGAACAAGAGCUUCAGGCAAAAAUAGAAGCUUUGCAAGCAGAUAAUGAUUUCACCAAUGAACGGCUAACUGCUUUACAAGUACGGUUAGAACACCUGCAAGAGAAAACUCUUAAAGAACACAACAGCUUAGGCAUACAAGUUGAUGACUUCAUACCUAAAAUUAAUGGGAGUGCAGAAAAAGAGCACUUUCUUUCAAAGAGUGGAGGGGACUGCACUUUUAUUCAUCAGUUCAUAGAGUGCCAGAGAACUGGAGUCAGUUCCCUCCAUUUGCACCAAAAUGCUGGGCAUAUCGCAGGAUGGCACCAUAAGCACCAACCAUUGAUCCCAGACAAGUUCAUAGACGAAGGACAUCUAACCAAAGUGGAAGAAACAAAGCUUUUGAGAGAAAACCAAGCAAGAGCAAAAGAAUCUGAUUUGUCAGAUACCCUUAGUCCAAGCAAGGAGAAAAGCAGCGACGACACUACAGAUGCCCAAAUGGAUGAACAAGAGCUAAAUGAACCUAUUGCUAAAGUAUCUCUUUUAAAAGAUGAAUUACAGGGUGCACAAUCAGAAACAGAGACUAAACAAGAAAUUCAGCAGCUGCACAAGGAGCUGAUUGAAGCCCAAGAGCUAGCUAGAACAAGUAAACAAAAAUGCUUCGAACUUCAAGCACUACUGGAAGAAGAGAGAAAAGCAUACCGGCUGCAGGUUGAGGAGUCCACCAAGCAAAUACAGUUUCUGCAAGCCCAGCUGCAUAGGUUGCAGGAAGAUAUUGAGAAUCUUCGUGAGGAAAAGGAGAAUGAAAUUUCAAGCGCUCGAAAUGAAUUGUUACGUGCUCAAGAUGAGAUUUUGCUCCUUCAACAAGGGGCAGAAAAGGCUGCAUCAGAACGAGAAACUGAUAUUGCUGCUUUGCAAGAAGAGCUGCAGGAGGUGCGGGCUGAACUUGAACGCUGGCGGAAAGAAGCCUCCGAAUACGAAAAAGAAAUUGUCAGUCUUCAAGCCAGUUUCCAGCUGCGAUGUCAGCAGUGUGAGGAUCAGCAGAGAGAGGAAGCUACUCGUUUACAAGGUGAACUUGAAAAGUUGAGAAAGGAGUGGAGUGAUCUAGAAGCUGUAUGCCUCUCCUUAAAGAAUGAGAAUACUUUGCUUGCAUCUGAACUUCAGCGACAAGAGAAGGAGCUUCAUAGUUCUCAGAAACAGAGUUUAGCGCUAACCGGUGAUCUAAGUGUUCUUGAAAUGACCCGAAAGGAACUUGAAAAUCAAGUGGGAUCUUUGAAGGAACAGCAUCAACGCGAUGCAGCUAGUCUAAAAACUCUACUCAGUCAAGCUGAGAAUCAAGCAAAGGAUGUUCAGAAAGAGUAUGAAAAGACACAGACUGUACUCUCAGAGCUGAAGUUGAAGUUUGAGAUGACUGAGCAGGAAAAGCAAUCAAUCACAGAUGAGCUCAAACAAUGUAAAGACAACCUGAAGCUGCUACAAGAAAAAGGAAACAAUAGACAAUGGCCUUGGAUGCCUCUGAUGGCAGCUUUGGUUGCUGUAACAGCUGUGGUGCUGUACCCAGGCCUAACCAGAGCUUCUCCAUGAGAACUGUUGUUGAAUCCAUUCACCGUCCUCCCUUUAGAAGCUGGCAUCACUCACAUACUGGGGAAAAACAGAUUAAUUCUCUUCCUUUUUACCUCUUAAUACAACAAAGCUCUGCGCGAGAACAGUAGUAGGGUCAUUUGCUUUAAACUGUAUAAAAUGUAUCUGUCUAUAAAGAGGGAAUAAAAUUAUGACUUCAUUCUACUGUGAGCAAUAUUUUUGCUUACAAUUUCAUGUAAUUUUUAAAUUAGUAUGUUGGGAUUCUAAAUACUAUUAUGGUGGCCUAAAGUAGGCUUCUUGGUACCAAAUUAUUUAUAAUGGGUAGGUUUGUGGAUAUUUUACUUUAGAAUCUGAUUGCCAGAUUUAAAAGAAAAACACAUUUCUGAUUUGGAUACCCAUGCCAAAUAACCUUACAGAUACUUGGAAACAGAGACAGUAUGCUCAGUGCCUUUUAGGUUGAAAUAUUUUUUUACAUUAAUGUUCCAUUCUUACUUGCUGUAAGUCACUGAGCUAGUGGGAACAAGACUUAAAAUAACUUCUCUUUCCAGGCCUUUAGAAGGAAACAAAUAUUUUGCUUCAGUAAAGAUUGUUCUAUUAAUAAUUUUGGGAAUAAAUACAAUUCAUUUCCAGCCUUAAAGAGAUAGAUAAGACAUUGGAUGGCAAACACCUGCCUAGGAUAUUGUGUGUGCGCGUGUGGGAGUGUGUGCUUGUGUGUGUUCUUGAGUGAACUAAGGUAUUUCUGGGAGCAAAAUCUUGGUCAUUUGAUGGACAUAGUGCAGUGAUCCAAUUUAUAUUACCUUUAGUUCGAAUGUAAUUUAUUAAAUUCAUAUAUUUAAAGAGACAUUCUUUAAAGUCUGAAUAUUUUCACACAUAUCACAUUUUAGCAACUUAUUUUUUCAGUCAUUUAAUACGUUCAAAACUGAACUGGAGAAAUAAUAUUUGUCUAUUUAGGUAAGUUUUUACUGAAAACUUCAAUAUGGGAGUGCUACAAUGCAUCUAUGGGUAACUGAAAAAAAUCCAAGAUAAGCAAGCUAUUGCCAGGUUAGUCAUCUAACUGGUCAUGUAUGCAUCAAGUUAAUAAGCUGAGAGAGUUUACUUUUGGUAAUUAGAAACUUUUGCAUCAAUGUUACAUGACACACUAUGCAUAAUAUACCUUCAUACAGUGGUCCCCAUUAAAAAGUUUAUUUCCUAGUUGAAGGGUGGCAACUGUUGUUAGUUAUCGACUUUUUGAUUGGGUAACCACUGUAGUUAAACAAUGAAUUAAGUGUUGGCUAUAGUUGUCUUGUGCAACUCAACAGUUCAGUUAAAAAAGUUUUAUUAAGGUCCUAAAUAUAAUAUACUAAAGGAUUGCAAAGUAAAAUGAAUUCAUCUAAUGGAAAUCUAAGAAUAGGAAAAUAAUCUCAGCGAAGAUUGAAUUGGCUUUAAAAUAUAUAAUGGCAAUCAACAGAUAUAGUUGAAUAUUUAAAUAGAAUUUUAGCAUAUAAUUUGCCUUGUGAGGUUUUGAGGGUCAUUGUCCUUUAAUUAAAGGUUCUAUCUUAAAAUAUUUGGGAUUUGCUAAUGGGAGGAUUAUUAGAUUUAUGGAAGAAUAAGCCCACAAGUGACUUUUAGAAUAUAAUAUUGGGUCAUCUAGUUAACAUUUCGUCUUUUUCAGUUGCAGGAAGCCACCCAAUCACAAAACACUCAUAUGCCAGUGGUACUCGGUACCUCUUGUAUAUAGAUUAUUGCAAAUAUUGUUCUGAAAUGCUUUACUUCAGAAUUACAUUUUUUAAAGUAAAUAAUUGUUUUAAAUCUAUUUUGUAAAGGUAUAAAAAGUACAAUAGAAUUUCUCGAGUACAGAUUAAACUAUUUGCACUAACACACGUGAUGUGCAUGAUUUAAUAAAAUAACUUUACUCUCCAUA